AUGGAUCAAGUCAGAGUAUCAAGCAUCGUUAAAGAUAAUUUAAGGCGGCAGCCCACAUGUUUUCCUUCAAAAGAAAAGAUUCGUAGUUUUUUCGAUCUAUGUGAUAUGUCCUUUCAAAGUCUAACUCUUUUGAGAGACUAUAUGGUCAACGAAUUCAUGAUCGAGAGAGAUAUAAUCACAAUUCUUAACACAGAAUUAGGAUUAGAUCCUAACACUCCUUCUCCUAAACAGGUAGGAAGCUCUAAAAAAUCAUCAGAUAAAGUCAAUUGCUGCCCUAUCUGCAACAAAAUAUUCAAUAGUAAUCAAGGUUUGAGCCAGCACAUGGGAAAAAAGCAUUCUGCAAGCAUAAAGAAUUCACUGUGUGACAUCUGUGGCAAACUUUUUACACACAAGUAUGCUUUGAAGUUUCACUACCAGCAAGUGCAUGAAACUGCAAGGCGGGUAGGUUGUAAGGAAUGCAGCUAUGUAGCUUACAACAAAUAUAAGCUGCAAAGGCAUAUGAAAAGGCAUGCUAUUUGUUCAAAAAAAUUAAUGUAA